AUGGAUUUAGAUUAUGAAAACAAGGAAGAAUCGUGUUUAUCGGUUACAGAAAGGCUCAAAGGAUUUGAACUGGUCGAUGUUAGGGCUAAAGAUGAAGUUGAAAUCGUGAAGAUGCCUUCAAAUCAAGUUGUACGUCGAAAAAUUAAGGCUAAGCUUGCUGAUCGGACAUGGCGGUAUAGUCAGCCUAAAUACCAGGAUUUCUCUGAAACUUCAAAUUCAACAAGACCUCAAUUAGUACGAGUCCACUCGCUUGACUACGAAAGCAACAGUGAAGAAGACGGAGAAACUGAAGUCAUGUCGAUUUCUCAAAGAAUUGCUCAAAUGCAGGAGAACAGUGAACAGUGGAAGAGACGGGGCCAAACUAUUUGCGGGGAGAUUGAGACAAGCCCGCAGAAGAGUGUUAACCAGAUACGGAAUGAACUUGCCGCGAGUCAGGAACAGUGGCGAAAACGCAUUCAAACUCCGAAUAAGGAACCCACCAAUAAUAGCCCAUACGGCACUGAGGAAGUGGUCCUUCGCAAGAAUUUGCUUUCAAAGACUCCCCGGUGUUAUACAUUUCAUGAAUUCUCCGACAAUGUUCCAACAGAGAAAGUGUCUCAAAUUGAACCAGCUCGAACUCCACAGAAACCAAUUAUGCGUCGAACAUUUGAAGUUGAGUCCAAGUUGUUCAAUCCAACUGCUCACCAAAGUCAAAAUGAUUUGACAACGAGUGUCGUAAAGACUACAGUUAAAGUGUCAAAGAUGAACGAAUCCUUUGUGGAUAACUUCUUUGGUGUGAAAUCCCUUGAUGAUUCAAACUUCCAAACUCUUCAAAAUCCAAGUUCUCUUGCCGACGUUGAAUUUCCUGAAACAAAUUUAGGAGAGACAGCAUUCAGGCGAGUGACUCGUCCUUCCACGAGACCAUCCUCAAAAUCAGUGAAUCCAGUUAGGCGAAUGAAUGAGACUCCAGGAUUGAAGGAUGCCUAUGAGGAGAUUAUGGUUCAUAUUCCCGGCGAAAUUGACCUCGAUCGAUAUCAAGUCACUCCUUGUAAACGAUUGGCUGGAGCUUCGGCAGUUAUGGGAUUUUCAUCACCUGCUACAAGUAAAUAUCAGAUUUCUGAACAAUUGUGA